AUGUCAACAUACAAGCUUUACUAUUUCAACGGACGUGGUCGUGCAGAAGCCACCCGUCUUCUUUUUACUGUUGCUGGACAAAAAUUUGAAGAUAUUCGAUACGAGCGUGAAGAAUGGCCAGCGCAUAAAUCCGAAAUGCCUUUGGGCCAAGUGCCUGUUCUCGAAGUUGAUGGAGUUAAAUUAGUUCAAUCGAUGGCGAUCGCUCGUUUUCUUGCCAAACGAUUUGGUCUUUAUGGUAAAGAUGAGCUCCAGCAAGCUCGUGUCGAUGCUGUCAUUGAUACAGCUGUUGAUUUGAUGCUCAAAUUUGCACCGGUGUUUGCCGAACAAGACGAAGAGAAGAAAAAAACAGCGACAACAAAGUUUUUUGCCGAUGAACUGCCCAAACAUUUGCGAAACCUCGAGACUUUGGCUGAAUUGUAUAGCGAUGGAGGGUCAUUCUUAGUUGGAAAUCAGCUCACUUGGUGUGAUUUAGAAGUUUACAAUAUGUUGGAAUAUAUUCUGCAAAUCGAUGGCACUGUUCUUCAAUCAUACCCUUGGUUAACUAAAAAUCGUCAAGAAGUCGAGAAACAACCAAA